UGCUUUUUUUUCCUCAUAGGUAAUAGCUAUACUGCUCAAGUCUGAAACUGAAACUCCCCCGAAUCUCUCUCUCUCUCUCUCUCUCUCUCUCUCUCUCCAGAAUCCAUUCAAUUCAAUUGGAAAGUCGAUUUCUUGUCUGGCUGGACAGAUUAAACCCUUGUUAUAAAAAGACAGUGAGCUCUCUUGCAGCCAUUUCUUUGUGUCUCGCUUGCUGCCCACUAGAGAGAAAGAGAGAAAGAGAGAGAUCAUCAUCACCAUCAUCAUCAUCAUCAUCAUCAUCAUCAUCAUCAUCAUCAUCAUGUAUCAUGGGAAAUAUGAUUAUUACGGCAAGAAGAGCGGACAGAUUCCGAGGUUUGGAGAGUGGGAAGAUGCCAACGAAAUGCCCAUCACUCAAUACUUCGAGAACGCAAGACAAGCUGGUCUCCUCCGUGAUAACACCGCUCACAUCCACACUUCGUCUUCGUCAUCUUCUUCCUCUUCUGCAGAAGCCCUAAAAGCUUCUUCUUACUACUCCCAUGGCCGUCCACGGACUCUUCCUCCUUCCAGACAGAAGACGGUGGCGGCGGGGGCAACGAAGGAGAAAAGGGGCCCACAACAACAAAGGCGUGUGCGUGACGUCAGCGGACAUGCAGGAAAGCAAUACGCAUACGGCAGCGAGGCCAAGCAUUACCAAAACGACGCGGUAGUGCGGCCUUCGAGGCCCAAGCCCGUCGACGAAGAUCUCUACAAGAUCCCUCCCGAGCUCCUCCAUUCUUCCAAGAGGAAGAGAAUGCCGGGACUCUUGUCAUGCUUGGUCCCAUGCGCAUCUUGAAAUAAGAAGUCGAAGUCAUGAAGUAUCUAUGAGUUUGCUUUGUUAAUCUCAAUAUAUUUAGGGAAUAUAAUACUAAUGGUUUUAUACCAAACAAAUGGAAAUGAAAUCUAGUAGCCUUCUGUUUUUUUUUUUUUUGUGUUCUCCUUAUGCCUUGUGUUUUUACUUGAAUUUCAUGGAAAAGGGUUAUGUUAAUUUCA